GGAGACAGAGCAGAUGCAUUGGCAGGAGAGGCUUUUUUUCCCCCCACCUCCUGUCUCUUUUGUUGUGUCGGCACAGAUAAAAACCUGAUAAACCCUUGCAAGGUUGACCGUCAUCAGCAUCACCACCACCUCAUUGUGAGCCUCAUCCUUAGUCUGGAUCGGAUGCGGAGCUGGUUGUGAGACAGGCUAACAGCAGCGGGCUAGCAGGGGGGCUGCAAGGCUCUGAGGCAGCAAGGAGAGGAGGUAAAAAAAAAAAAAAAAAAGGAGGGAGGAGGGGCUGUAGUGAGCUGGUGGGCUUCCUCUGCCUCACAGACACAUUUUAUUGACUUGCUAAUUGGAUCAGGCGCUCCAAGAAGAGGAUGCGGUGAACGAAAGAAGCUGCUCCCCAGAGGAAGGAUACAGGCACAAGGAGGCAUUGAAAUCUGGCUACUUCAUCAUCUUUUUUCUGUUUUUUUUUUUACACCCCAAAAAAUUCUGGAGACAUAACAACAGAUGUUUUUUCCUGCAUCUUUCUGUGACCCUCGCACCGUUCAUACAUAAUUUUAUGCAUGACAUUGUCGAAUGGAGGCUCCAGCUGCUAGACGCUUCGUGACAAGUGAAUGAUUUCCAUUUCAGUGUAUUUUUGCAACCUGUUCUCUUUCACCGGUUUUCCCCCCCCUUCUUGGACUCAUCAUCUGGAGGCUCCCUCAGCCUUGUUGGAUAUGAAUGGUAAUCUGAUGGUGAGAUAAUCCUCACCACAAAUCAAAUGUACAAGGGACUGUGGGAUGGAUAUCCUUUUGGAAAAAUGAAGUCUUUGGUCCAUGUUGUUGUGACUGAGGCGAGCAGAUCUGGCUAGAGUAAGAAAGUGGCUGCCACUGUGCUGAAGCCUGCUGCCCCAAUGAGCAAGGAAAUCAACCCGCAGAAACGCACCACCUAUCUCAUCUCCCUCACUCUGGUGAAGGUUGAGGCUGUGCCAGACGAUGUAGCUGAGAACCAGAAGGAGGCUCUUACAGAGGGGGAAGGGAGCCCCGAGAAGGAGGAGGAGCAGGACGUGAAGGAUGUCCCUGAAAAGGAAGAAGGACCUGUGUGUACACAAGAGGAAAAAGAUACCAAGCUGGUGGAGGAAGAAGAAUUGGAGCAGGUGCAGGUUAAGUAUGGCAGCCCCAUUGAAAGCUGGGGAAAGCCUGAGAGGAGGGAAACACGUGGGCAACAAAAGGACGUAUCAGUUGGGAAGAGCAAAGACACUUUUUUUGUGCACCCACCUGUUAGGCAGAUGGUCAAAGUGUACGGAGGAACUACCUCUGAGGGGACCUUUCGCAGGGAGGGGCCUCGCUCGGACGCCAUGCGGCCAAAGACAGAGAUCUACAGGGAGCCCCCCAUGUUGUAUCUUAAGGGAGAAAAUGGAGCAGACCUGAACAGUCGCUCACGUUGCAGCCUCCCUUUCUCUGUUCAGCAGCCGGUCAGCCAGAGACCUGAAGUCCUCAUGAGGUCACAUACAGGGGCAGGUGGAAACUCUGGUGGCUGGAGGGACCUCAGAGAGGCUAACACGAGCCUCUAUCAUUCUGCUAAGACUCUGGAUCGAAGAGAUAACCGUUUUGGGGACCAGUCCCCCAUAGUGCCAGGUACGACUCUGGGUCCCUACAGGGCGUCCUGGGCCGACAGUGACGGCAGGGGGACACUGAUUCGCCCAGGAGCACCCAUGAGCGGGGGAUUUUCUGGGAUCAUGACCAGGGACAGCCCUCAGGCAGAGAGAUUUAAGACAGUUUCUGUUUCCUUCCCUGCACCUCCUGCCACUGACACAUCCAGGCCUCAGAGGAAAGGUACAAGUCGUACUCUGGAUAACAGCGACCUACAUUCCCCCUCUGACGACCCGAGGAGGGGGAAGGAGGCUCAGGGAGGAACCAUCCAGAGAGCUCCACCUCGAGACAGGAAGAUGCUCAAGUUCAUCAGUGGCAUUUUCACCAAAAGUGCAGCUGCACCGUCCAGUGUCAACGCUGCACCGCCCCUCUAUCCGGCUAUGGAGAGAGGCUCGAGUGAGGAGGAAGCUGUGUGCACAAGCAGUCAAGAAUGGACCAUGAGCCAAACGAUACAAGAGCUUCACCUGGGUGUUUUGGGAGGUCUGUGCAGUGGGAAGUCUGCUCUGGUUCACAGACAUUUAACAGGAAGUUACCUGCAGCUGGAGAACGCUGAGGGGCGCCAGUACAUCAAGGACGUCCUGGUAGAUGGACAGAGCCACUUGCUGAUUAUCAGAGAAGAAACGGAACUCCCAGAUGCUCAGUUUGCAACUUGGGUGGAUGCAGUUAUAUUAGUCUUCAGUUUGGAAAACGAGUCCAGCUUCCAGGAAGUUUACAAAAUCUACCACCAGCUUGCCAUCCACCGACCUGUAUCGGAGAUAGCUUUCAUAGUAGUUGGCACUCAGGAUAAGAUCAGCAGCACCAACCCCAGAGUAAUCGAUGAUGCCAGGGCCCGGCAGCUCUGCUCAGAUGUUCGGCGCUGCACAUACUAUGAAACCUGCGCCACAUACGGGCUCAACGUGAACAGAGUCUUUACCGAUGCUGCUCAGAAAAUCAUGGCAGCCAAGAAGCAAGCUGCUCUACUGGCGUCCUGUAAAUCUCUCCCUAACUCUCCAAGUCACUCUGGAGGCUCCACCCCAGUGUCUGGUGUGUUUCCAGGACAGGCCAGUAACGGUGGUCAGAGCAGUGAUUACUCCUCAUCACUUCCCUCUACUCCUGUGAUCAGCCAUAAAGACAUCGGCAAGGCAGCCAGAGGCGAAAGACAGGAAGGUGCCACGCCUGGGUCAGUCCGCAGCACCACACGGAGACGCACGCCCAGAUUUGCGGGUCGCAGAGGCAGCGACUCAAACAGAAGGAGUGCAGACUUUAAGGGCGAUCUUGGCAGUGGGCGCUGCAUUCCCAUCAAACAGGGCAUCUUGCUGAAGCGCAGUGGGAACUCGCUCAACAAAGAGUGGAAGAGGAAGUAUGUGACGCUGUCCAACGAUGGCAUACUGUCCUAUCACUCCAGUGUCAAUGACUACAUGCUGAACACCCCAGGGAAAGAGAUGGACCUGCUGCGAGUAACAGUAAAGGUACCAGGAAAGAGACCGCCUCGUGCCGUACCCGCUGCACCCACCGGUGGCCUCCAAGUCGGGCUCAACGGGCGGGUUAAAGAUGUGCCAGGACCAGAUGGCCUCAGCCCAGUGCCUGUAUGUGCCAGCAGUCUACUGCAGGUGGAGGAGAUGGAAGGGCUGGGGGGUGCACUGUUCCUGAGGAGUAACAGAGGAGUGCAGCGAUGCCCCUCUACACUGUCCAACCACGCUCAAAGUGUUGACUCUGCAGUCGAGGGUGUCUCCAGCUCCUCCUCCACCAAAGACUUUGGCUCCUCCUCUCCAGUGACAGACAGAAAGAAGCACCGCAGAAAGAAGAGUAUGAACAUGAAAGGAGAUGCAACACUUGGGCAAGCAGACGCCAAGCGCAAAAUGUGGAAACUUAAAAGCCUCGGUAGCUUAAGAAACGUGAGCAAAACAGAUGAGGAUAACUAUGAUUUCCUUGUGGUGUCGAGCACUGGCCAAACGUGGCACUUUGAAGCCCAGAGUGUAGAGGAGAGGGACUCCUGGGUCCAAGCCAUCGAGAGCCAGAUCCUGGCUAGCCUGCAGCUGUGUGAGAGCAACAAAAACAAGGCGCGCAAAAACAGCCAGAGUGAAGCGGUGGCGCUGCAAGCGAUCCGCAACGCAAAGGGCAACAACUUCUGUGUUGACUGCGACGCUCCGAAUCCAACAUGGGCCAGUCUGAACCUGGGUGCUCUCAUAUGCAUCGAGUGCUCAGGGAUCCACAGAAACUUGGGGACUCACCUGUCACGUGUCCGCUCGCUGGACCUCGAUGAUCUGCCACGAGAGCUCACGCUUGUUCUCAGUGCCAUCGGCAACCACAUGGUGAACAGUAUAUGGGAGGCACGCACACUGGGCCAUCGUAAACCUGCACCUGAUGCCACACGUGAGGAGCGGGAGUCUUGGAUCAGGGCCAAAUAUGAGCAGAAACUCUUUGUGGCGUCGUUGCCUCCUCCCACUCCUGGCGAGGGUCCAGACAUCACACUCUCUGGCCGUCUUCUUUUGGCAGUGAUGGAGCACAACCUCCCCAAGCUGCUGCUCCUUUUGGCCCACUGCACUAAGGAGGACAUGAACGCCCCCCCUCAGCCUGGCCAUCUCCUCCAGGUCGCUCAUGGCGCUGCGACUGCCCGCCUCGGCUCUGCAUGCAGCCUGUCAGCAGGGUGACGUGGUGAUGACACAGCUGCUAGUUUGGUACGGCUGUGAUGUUCGAUACCGGGACGCUCAGGGGCAGACGGCGCUGGUUCAUGCUCGCGGCGCCGGCAGUCAGGAGUGUGUCGACAUCUUGCUGCAGCAUGGAUGUCCUAAUGAACUCUCCCCCUCUGUCGCCUCAGCGGUCAGCUUUGCAGCUGCUACAACAUCCAGCUUCCCUGUUGCCAUGACACCGAGCCUGACAGUUGCCACUACACUGAGGAUCUCGCACAGGAGCGGCGGCACCAGCUUGAGCUACAGCACCACUAGAAGAGCGGUGUCAUAAUGAGGAUGCAGGGUGGUGAAGUGUGUGUGUGUGUGUGUGUGUGUGUGUGUGUGUGUGUGUGUGUGUGUGUGUG